AUGUCAAGAUCAGAUUUAGAUGAUUUAGAUGAUCAACUAUACAACAACCAAUUCGACUUUGAUCAAUUUGAUCAAGUUGAUUUGAUGUCUUUAGCCUCCUCAACUUAUCCAACUCAAACAACAACAACAACAGCGACACUAUUAACAAGCGGAACGACGUCAUCAUCAGUAAAGCAGCAGCCAUCACAAUCUUCUUCAAAAUCCUCUUCACAACAACCUCAAUCUACUAUUACUACUGCUUCAGCACAACAAGCUGAGACGACGAAAAGAAAAACCAGUAAUGCUAACCCUACUACAAAUACUGCCAAUAACAUGCUAAUUAAUUGGUGA